AUGUACGAAAUAUACAGACAGUCACUCCGACAACCUUCCUCUCCCACUCUAUACCUACCCAGGUAUCCAUGUAUUAUUCCAUGGAUUUCCAAGCUUUUUGCCCGCCAAACCGUCCCUGAAACGCCCGCAUUCAACGCAUUACCACCACCAACACGACGGGCUAUAAUAACCACCUCCGACUUCACCUCGCUCACUGCUUCUUAUUCUGCCGCCGAGGCAAUAUUAGAAAUUCCCGCAAUCACCACGACCACAUUCACAUCUCUCCCCGUCGAGCAACAUCCCAUCCUCACCGGAGGAGGCAAGACACCGAGAACACCUCCCGCCGGACUCGAGAUCGCCUCUCAAGACAUGGCCAAGGACAGCCUGCAGAACGGAACCGUCAAGGCUGCGAAUGGCAAGCCCGCCAACAACCGCAACCAGAAAGAGCGCGCCGCGAAGGAGGUCAUAGACGAACGAGGUUCGACCCGAUACAAGCACACCUUUGCCAUUCACCAUGUCUCUCGCCCUUCGCUGUUCAGUCCCGAGACGAAGACGCCGCCGGACGCCCUGGGUUUCCGCAACCUCAUGGGCCUGGUCAUCCUCUUCUCCAACCUCCGUCUGAUGGUCGACAAUUUCCAGAAGUAUGGCCUGCUCGUCACCGUGGCGGGCGCCAAGGUGCGGUCGGAGGAUUGGUACUGGUCGGCGGUGCUGUACGCCCUCACGCCGUGCCAUCUCUUCAUCGCAUACAUGAUCGAAUACCUGGCUUCGCAGACCGCGCUCCGAGCGGCGGGCGUCAAGAAGAAGAGGGACGGCGAUGAUAGCGAUUCGUUCGAGGGCAAGACAGGAGGCGUCAAGGAGACCAUCUUCUCCACCUGGACCAUCAUCGCGCUGCUCCACGCCCUCAACGCCACCUUCAUGCUCGUGUACGCCACCUACAAGGUCUACAACAACAUCCACAACCCGGGCCUCGGGACCAUCGCCGAGAUGCACUCCAUCAUCGUCUGGCUGAAGGUCUGCUCCUACGCCUUCACCAACCGCGACCUGCGCCACGCGAUGCUCUACCCGGACCCAUCGCCCGACUCCCAGAUCGUGCCCGCCCUGUACAGGUCCUGCCCGUACCCGCGCAACAUCAACUUCGGCAACAUCUGCUACUUCUGGUGGGCGCCCACCCUCGUCUACCAGCCGGUGUACCCGCGCUCGGAGAAGAUCCGCUGGGACUUCGUCUUCCGCCGCCUCUGCGAGUUCUCCCUCCUGUGCAUCCUCAUCUUCGUCACCAGCGCCCAGUACGCCGCCCCGCUGCUCCACAACAGCCUCGAGGACAUCUCGCAGCUCCGCGUCCUGCACAUCGUCGAGCGCGUCAUGAAGCUCAGCACCAUCAGCCUCGUCUGCUGGCUGGCCGGCUUCUUCGCCAUCUUCCAGUCCCUCCUGAACGCCCUGGCCGAACUCAUGAGGUUCGGGGAUCGGGAUUUCUAUGGAGAUUGGUGGAAUAGUACAUCUCUGAAAUCCUACUGGACAUCCUGGAACCGGCCCGUGACCCACUUCAUGAAGCGCCACAUCUACUCGCCGCUCGUCGGCCGCGGAGUCCCGCCCUUCGCCGCCUCCCUGAUCACCUUCCUCUUCUCGGGGGUCCUCCACGAACUCCUCAUCGGCGUGCCCACCCACAGCAUCCUCGGCGUCGCCUUCUUCGGCAUGGUCGGCCAAAUCCCCCUCAUCUUCUUCACCGAGCUCCUGCCCAAGUGGUUCGGCAGGGGGCCCAACGUCAGACUCGCCGGAAACCUCACCUUCUGGAUCUCCUUCUGCUUCUUCGGCCAGCCCAUCGCCGCCCUCAUGUACUUUUUCGCCUGGCAGAGUAAAUUCGGUUCACCGGGCGCGAGGCCGAGCUGGCCCGGCAUGGGUGUCGCUGGCGUCGUCUCUUGA